GUAACACGAGAUGGGGCUGUGCAGGCGGCCCUGCCCCCAGGCCGGCCUCUGCCGAGCUCCUGCGGCACGGGCGGGCGGCCCCCCACACCCUCCGGAGCCCAGGGCUGGCACCCCCCUCCCUGCCGCGGAUGCCGACACCCCUGCGCGGGGGCGGUGAGCGGAUGGCAGGCUUAUCACCCGCCGCCUGCUCAGCGGCCUCUGCAGAGCCCCGCGGACCCCUCUGGAGACAGCUACUCCAGAACUCAGCUUAUUGAAAAGUCAUCACUGUCCACUCUUACCUGGAAGGUCAGCUCCAGGCCGGAAGGAGCCUCGUCCAUCUUGUCUCGCUCGCCGCCUUGUCUUCAGGGUCUGUGCAUAGCAUGUGCUCAAAGCGCUCGCUGGCACCGUUAGGGGCUGGCGGGAAAGCAAGCCUUCCUGGCCUCGGGCACGGGGAGGCCCGAGGGGCGCGGAUGCCCCCGAAGCUGCUGUUCUAGCUGGCCUGGAAUGCACUCCACAGUCAUCCGGUGAGGACUGGCAGUUGCGGGCCCUGGGCCCGGGCAUCAGAGAGGACCAUGGCCCCCAGCCCACGGGCACGCACACGUGGCCUGCCGCUGCUGCUGCUGCUGCUGCCGCUGGCGCUGGGCACCAGCCCUGCCCUGGGCAGGCUGCCCAGGCCCCUUGAGGACUCAGAGCCACACCUGACCCCAGGAGUCCAUCCCCAGGGUGCUGCUGGCGCUGAAGCCCAAGGCUUCGACUUCGUCUGGGAGAAGCCCAGGGCUGGGAGCCCCUGGAGCUCAGACGACCCCCGGGUGUCUGGGGAAGGGGUGCCUGAGCGGGCCGCACACGCUCCCCCUGGCCCAGCCCUGCAUGGCCCUAAAGCGGCGCACGGGGCUCCGAGAGAAGCACUCCCAGGGACCGACGACCUCCAGAUGGCUCGCGGGCCCGGUUCUCAGGGGUGGACUGGACCUCCUGAUGCACAGGAGCCUCUGGGACAAGAAGCACCAGGCCCUCCCCCAGUGGGGACCCCCCACCUCACCUUCAUUCCAACUCCCAAACUCCAGCUGGAGGGAGCCACGGCUCCUCCCUCCCCGCAGGGGUCUGCAGGCCGAGCGGGACAGCGGCCAUCUGGAGAGGAGGCCGGGCUCCCAGAGGCAGCGCCCUCGGCACCCCAGGGCCCCGCCCGCACUGGCAUGCUCCCCCCAGGCGCCACGCAGAGACCUGCGCUGGACGCUGGGGGUGCCGGAGGGGAGGACUUCCAGGAGGCGGCCCGAGGCCCUGUCCUCACCCGGCAGGACCCAGCAGCCCCCGGUGUCCACUCGGCAUCCCCAGCUGAGGUGGUGCCCUCUGGGGAGUCUGAGGCCCAACCAGACAUGACUCUGACCAGAAGCCUUCCCCCUGCUGACGAGCUGCCCGUCGAAUCCCCCACGAAGGCUGGAGCUGGGGAGACCUGGGGAGACAGUUCUCCACGCCCCUCGCCCCCGCAGGCUGACCUCCCUGAUGUCGAGGGCUCGCCGGGACCCCAGCCCACCACCCCGCCAGCCUCAGAGGCUCCUGAGAUCGCGGCCAUUAAUGGAGUGGACCCCGUCUCCCCGCAGCGGGUGCGAGGGGCGGUGGAGAACCCCGGGACCCCCAAGUCUCUCAUCCCUGACCUGCUGGACUUUCGCCCAGUGACCAACCAAACAGAGAGCCCCGCGGGGGCCCUGCAGCCAGAUGAAACCGAGGAGUGGCCUGGCCGCCCCCAGAGCCAUCCCCCGGCACCGCCAGUCCAGGCUCCCUCAACCUCUCGCCGCGGCCUCAUCCGGGUCACCACGCAGCGCGCCCUGGGCCAGCCGCCCCCGCCGGAGUUUUUCAAAGGUUCCGGAGGGGGAGGUGUUCCCCGGAACACGUGGAACACGUGA